AUGACCAAGGGAAUCCCAACCGACAAUAAACCAGUUGGUAAGCAAGUAUCGCUUGUAUCUAAUCUCCUUGCCAAUGUGACUGGGAACCCAAAGUUCACUUCGUCGCUGAAACAGGAAUACAGACUAAUCAAAGCAGGGUUUAUUCUCCCACCUAAUCUCAGGGGUUCGACAAUUCUCAGCGGCGAAGUACCAAACAGUACCAUCGCAUUCAAUACCGUACCGGCAAGGAACCGAGGAUCAAUAGAACAAUAUCUUUUACCCACUUCUGGACUGAUGAGGGAAAUUCUUGCUGUGGACUCAUCUCCUGAGUCGGUAUGGACGUGGAGCUCAAGCGAUUCUCAACGGUACCAGACCUCACAGAAAAAGAAAAUUGUGGCUUGGGCAUUGUACAACAUGACAUUGUACGUGAAGCAACACAAGGCUUCAACCGUUGCAGAAAACAAGUCGAGGACGCAAGAUGAGCAGAAGAAGUUCUUGCAACGCCACACGCCAACCAAAAGUGGCCUUCUACUGUCCUUUCCCGAGACGAUGGACGAUUUCCCCUACCCUGAGCUGGGCCCCCUAACAGAAAAAGGGGAAAUAGACCUUGAAAUGUACAACCGGUGCUGGGAAUUGCUCCGUAUAUCGCCGGUGGACUUUACAAGGACAACAUCCUGGUUCCGGAUGAUGCAGUAA